GGGGUGGGGUUACGUGUGGGUGACGUGGCGGCUUCCAAUCUUUGGCCGGGAUUCGGCGGCGUAUGCUGUGGGAGAGGAGGCGGUGACGGCUCGGGAGACUGUGGCAUUAACAACGGCGGCAGGCGGCAGUGAAGAGUCCGAGGUUAUGCGUCUCAAUGAUCCCGCGGAAACGCUACGGGUCUAAGAACACGGAUCAGGGUGUCUACCUGGGUCUCUCGAAGACACAAGUCCUGCCCCCUGCAACUGCUGGUAGUAGCAGCAGCAGCGACAUCGCGCCUCUGCCCCCCCCAGCGGCCCUGGUCCCUCCCCCUCCCGAAACCAUGUCCUGUCGGGACCGGACACAGGAAUUCUUGUCUGCCUGCAAGUCCCUGCAGAGCCGUCAGAAUGGAAUUCAGGCAAACAAGCCAGCUCUGCGUGCAGCCCGGCAGCGUAGCGAAUUCACCCUCAUGGCCAAGCGCAUCGGGAAAGACCUCAGCAACACGUUUGCCAAGCUGGAGAAGCUGACAAUCUUGGCAAAGCGCAAGUCCCUCUUUGAUGAUAAAGGAGUGGAAAUUGAAGAGCUAACGUAUAUCAUCAAACAGGACAUCAACAGUCUCAACAAACAAAUUGCGCAGCUUCAGGAUUUUGUGAGAGCCAAGGGCAGCCAGAGUGGCCGGCAUUUGCAGACCCAUUCCAACACCAUUGUGGUCUCCUUGCAGUCCAAACUGGCCUCCAUGUCCAAUGACUUCAAAUCGGUUUUAGAAGUAAGGACAGAGAAUCUGAAACAGCAGAAGAGCCGGCGGGAACAGUUCUCCCGAGCACCUGUGUCAGCGCUGCCCCUUGCCCGAAACCACCUGGGAGGUGGUGCUGUGGUUUUGGGGGCGGAGUCCUGUGCCUCUGGGGACGUGGCCAUCAACAUGAUGGACUCUCGGACUACCCAGCAGCUACAGCUCAUUGACGAGCAGGACUCUUACAUCCAGAGUCGAGCAGACACCAUGCAGAACAUUGAGUCUACGAUUGUUGAGCUGGGCUCCAUCUUCCAGCAGCUGGCGCACAUGGUUAAGGAGCAGGAGGAGACUAUUCAGAGGAUCGACGAGAAUGUGCUAGGAGCCCAGCUGGAUGUUGAGGCCGCCCAUUCAGAGAUCCUCAAAUAUUUCCAAUCCGUCACCUCCAACCGGUGGCUCAUGGUCAAAAUCUUCCUCAUCCUCAUUGUCUUCUUCAUCAUCUUCGUGGUCUUCCUUGCCUGAACCCUCUCCAUGCUGAAGCACUUCAUGGGGGCUUGGAGCCCUCCUGGGAAGGCAGGCAACCCAGGCCACCGACCACUGAGCCUUUGCAGGGUGCUGAGAAGCGCCCUGUUUCCCUGGAACUGCUAAGAAUGGCCAAUGCCCCUGCUCCCCCCACUCCCCACUUAUUGCCUUUGGCCACCCUGCCCUUCCUCACCACCCUCGGCCCAUGAAACACACAUGGUUCUGGAUUUGGACUCUGCUGUGAAAUGACUGGAAGAAGGGAGCAGAGGCCAGCCAGGGGCCAGUAGGAGAGGCCUCUCCACUAGGAGUUUUUAGAAAUCCUCCCUAGCCUCUCCCAAAGGAAACUCUGGCAGCAAGGGGACAUGAUGCCCUUCCCCACCUUCCUGAGAGUGAGGUGAGGAAAAGAGACUGCCCCAGGGACCAACUUUCCCAUCUGGGUUAGAACUUGACUGCUCUCUCUUUCCUCUCUUCACCAUGGGAGGCGGAGGGCCCUAAGCCCCUCUGCUACCUACACACCUCCCAGCACUGGCUGCCGGUGACUCUCAAUCUGCCAAAUACACUGCAGCCCAUUUUCUCCCAAUUACAGCAAGACUGUCAGCCUC